AGUUUGUUUUCAGCUCCCAGUUCACUGUAGCUCCUCUGCCAGAGAGGACUCACCCAGCCACCAUCAAACACAUUCCCCUCUCACUGCACGACAGCUGACAACACCUUUUAAUUUUCUCGGCAGCACCACACACUCACACAGCCUGAUCCAAGAGAGAGCGAGAGAGAGAGCAACCCGGCUGAGUUUGUGCUGCUCACACACUCACAUGCAGACGCACCAUCUUUGAGGAAGCUGGUCCGAGGCUGGAGACGCUGACUCGAGAAUGGAAUGGAACUUCGGAAGGAUGGAGAGUGAACUGAGGCACAUCAACCCUGACCUGCUGCAGCCCAGCAAGAGCUUCAAGAAGCCCUCCUCGGGCACCAUCACCCUCAAUGUCGGGGGGUUCCUGUACACCGCCCAUCGCACCACCCUCUCCAAGCACCAGGGGUCCUUCCUGGAAGAGGUGGCCAAUGGCAAGAAGGCGGUUCAGCACACCGACUCCAUGGGUAACCCGUUCAUCGAUAGAGAUGGUCCAGUUUUUCGCCAUGUGCUCAACUACCUGCGAACUGGUGAGCUCCAGCUACCUGACGACUUCCGGGAGGCAGGGCUCCUGCGGCGGGAGGCCAACUUUUACCAUCUGAGCGAGCUCGUGGAAGCGGUGGUCGACUGGGAGGGCCAGAGGGCGGCCCAGAAAGAACCUGCAUUUUUGGAGAUGACAGACAGCCAUGAGAGGUCGCAGGGCCUCAAGGUGUACUGCAGCGACCCCACCUUCAUCGACAAGGUGAAGGGCCGGCUGGUCCAGGUCUCCAAGAGCCGCCUGGACGGCUUCCCGGAGGAGUUUGAGGUGUCGUCCAACGUGAUCCAGUUCCGGCACUUCAUCAAGUCGGAACCCGGCUCGCGGCUUGUCCUGAAGGAGGACAGCACUUUCUUGUGCACGCUUGACUGUCUGAAACUGGAGACGGUGAUGCUGGCACUGAGAUCGGGCUUCAAACUGGUCACCAGUCUCGACAGCAGCAAAGGAUCAGUGGUGGCGGCUGAGGCCCUUCACUUUGUCAAGUAGGCACGGAGGCAAACCGAGAGAGGAGGAGAAGAAGCGGCGGAGAAAUAAAAGAGUAGUGGCUGAUUCCACAUCAACCCUGCUAAUGUAAGGUAUUGGCUUGAAGGUAGUGUAAUGUGUCAACAGGUGGACGGGACUGUAUCACAGGACCAACCUUUGCACUGCUUUGUAAGCUAGCAUGUAUAGAAUUUAGAGCUACUCAGCAUUAAUGCUAUCUAAAUUGGAUGUGAAGAGAUAUCCUACGUGUAAGCACCGCUCUAAUCUAGAAGAAAAUUUUCUACGGAGAAGACAAAGGGAUCAAACAUCAACCGUUUCAUCAGUGGAUUCGUCUCUGCACAAUAACUGCUUCUGCCGUGAUGUGCACUGUGGUGCCAUUCAGCUUUUACUACAGUUUGCGCGCCCGUGUGUGUGUGUACGUGUGUUGCUUUACCCUGUGUGAGCAGUGUUUAGUUGGUUUAAUAGCUUGUGUUUAGUUUAUUAGCCUGAAGGAGCCUGAAGGGAAAACCAGAGAGCGCUGUGGUUGCCCUGGAUGGACAAACAAACCUCACACCCUAAUCAGACUCAAGCGGCUUGAACUGUUUCUCACAACGUGUCGACAAGUUGACUUCAGGUGCAAAGAACCGUGAUUAUUGUAAGGGCUUUGAAUCCAGCAUGAUGCAUGUGCACCGGAUGAACUGUGUGCUUGUUAAGUGCUGUGAGCCUCUGUGAGCCGGUGCCACAACAAUGUCUAUGAAUAUUGUGAAUAUUUUCAAAUAAAAGUGACGAUGAAACUAUUGGGUCAAAGUGUUUUGAAGGGUGUCUGGUUUAAAGCAACUGUAUUAUCUUGAUGUAAAGUUUGAUUAUAUCUUAUAUGUAUAGGUUUGUAGAUAUUCCUACAGAUACACAGGUAAAAACAUUAUGCACUCACACUGACACACACACACACACAAUAAGAUAAGUGUAUAUUAGAAUGCACGGUCCGAAGUCAGAGCAGACUAGAUGUUGAAAUAUUCAUUCAGUGCUGUGAUUUCUGUUGUUCCUUGUCCAUAUUUGGUGUUAAGUUCAUCUUCACAAAGGUUCUCUCUGGUUGUGGACAGUGAGAAAAAUGUGAUCACAGCCAUUUUUUUAAAUGAAUCUCUUAAUAAAAC